AUGUCAUCUCCCCUUUCAACAGAUUCAACAGACCGGAUCUUGCGGUUUCCCAGAUCUGACGAGACUGGGAAUUAUGUACUUGUCCGGGUCUCGUGUACUGGUUCUGCGCCCCUGGACCUGAGACUGGUGGCCACUGAGGGGGAAUCGCCUUAUGUUGGCUCAGUGAACCAAGCACGCCUGAAGGACUUUCAAGCCAAAAAUUAUCAAGGAUCAGAUGACGAAUGGGUUAAAACUGUCUCGCUCAUUCUGGGGCAAUGUUCUACCCCUUCGAAUGAGCCGGAUUGGGCCACUGGUCUGGAAGCUUCGGCCAGUAUAUUGGGUUCUGACGAAGACAACAAGGAGAUUGUGAUUACGAUACGUAAGAGAGUUCAAUCGAUUACACAACGCCUAGGUACCUUUAUCCUCAAGCAAGACGACGAACAAGCCGUCGAGCUUUUCGAAUGGACAGGAAUGGCCGCAGCUCGAAAUCAUAUGCUAGAGAAGCAAGUAUCCAGCCUGACUGGUCGUUAUCGCCUUGCCGAAGACACCAUACAUAGGUUGAAUGAACAGCUCGAGGAACUGAUGACCGCGAAAACCGACCAUGAGAAUCGACUGGUUGGAAAUUUUGUGCAAGUCUUGAACGAGAAAAAGCUCAAAAUCCGCAACCAGCAACGUCUUCUGGCAUCAGCCACUGUAGAUGCCACCAAAGUCUCGGAGAUACAAGCUAGCAUCCCCGAAGAGUCCUCUGAAACCGCCGGGAAAUUUCAUUCAACAAAAAGAAGUGCUCGGAAGAUGAGCGAAACAGACGACUCUGAUGAGUUUGAACAAAUGGAUAUUGAUUCAAUGAAGACUGAUCGAGGUGCUUCUGAUAACCAAGACACCAAUGAAGAAGAACGUUCAAUCUCUCACCCUCUGGACGAUGAACAAAGCAAUAGCACGACGGACAACGACUCGUCACAGGACGAGCCUGCCCAGCUAAAGCGGGCCUCCCCAGCGAGAGACACCGCACCGCCUCAAAGAGCCUUGCCAUUUGCCAAAAGGACCGGCGGGCCCAUCAAGAGACCUGCUCCAACUCAGCCUAGCGAAGAUGCCGAAGAAAGUGCGGGAGAGACGGAUGAUGACGAGCUCUAA